AGUAGUAAUGACAACAAUUUGGCUGUCUGACUGCUUUAAGCGUACCGAAGCGCUCAGAAACAGGAGCAGUCGUUGCUUGUUACUGCUUUCAUCUAUCGUAGCAGAGCGGAGCAUAUGCCUUUGACGCCAUCAACUACUUGAAGUCAGGUUCGACUGCCAUCAUAUCAAGCGUACGACACGGAUCACAAAGUGUUGUUGUUGUUGUUGUUUUGCCAUAGAAAGCUUGUUUUUACACGGGACUACUCCGUCGUCGUCUUCUCUCUCUUUUUUUUUCUCUGGUCUGCACCCAUACAUCAUUUCAGCAUGGACAACGUAUUUGCCUCUCCGCCACCAGGUCUGGCAACCGGAGAACCGCCGCUGCGGUCAGCGACCACCGUAAGCAUCCAGCGGCGGCUCCCCCACGUGACGGUCGGCGCAGCACCACCGCUGUUACAGCAGCCGAGUGUUUUAAAUUUGCUGACUGCCUUGCCGCUGCUUCUCUCCCUCGAUCACAGCGACUACACACGCGCACUCAACAAUAUGCAGGAGCGUUGGACCUUGACGGAGGUGGCGCCUCCAGUUAGGCAAGGAAAGGGUACAACCGCAGUAUUUGGUACGCGCGGUGAUGCCGCUCCGCACGACACGCACGGCGACGCCGCCACAACAGCGGUGCGGGCAGUCCUGUGCACUAGCGGGGGCAGCCUCUCCUGGCAAGCGCAGCGACGUCGGAUGCGUCGAGUUGCCCUCGACGCCUUCUUUCGCGCGAGUCUCCCGGCGCAGAUUUCCGCCCGUGUCGGUGGGUCCGCUGACGCCGCCGCGACAUCCGGCACGUCCGACGGCGUCCACCGCGCCACGAUGCGGCUGUUGGCCCACACGCGAGCGGUCAUGGAAGACGUGUCGCCCACCCAGGCUCAGCUUGUGGAUCUCUUCGCCGGACGGAUUCUACGUCGCACGCAGGACGAGCAGGAAACUGACGCCGCUGCUGCUGCUGCUGCUGGUUCUGGCAACUCAUCUCUGCAUCGACAAGUGGGAACAGGAGACGAGGGUCGAGAAGGCGUGCGGAUACACGGACCGACGUGGGACGGGUCGUCAUUGCAGGUCUCCCCUCGCGGCAUAAUGAAAACGUCGCCGUUACCAGCAACAGGAGCAGCAACGAGGCCGUUCGUCAACUCCGCCGGUGAGUCUGCUCGCUCGUCGUCGUCCUUUUCCUCUCCCUCCUCCAUUGCAGAGCAGCUGCUCUACGUCAUCUUGCGCACCAGCAUCGUGGCGAACAUGCCGCUGCGAAGUGAUGAGGAUAACGCCAGCCGCGAUGUCAGUCGCGACGGAUUCCAGGUCGACGGAAGUCGGUCAAAAGGCAGCUAUCCAUUUACACCACCGUCUCAGGCGGCGGGGAUCUCCCCUACUCUUCUCACCUUCUCACCGACCAACACGCCUUCGAGCACGGGGAGCUUAAUACGGGAAAAACCACGCGUGGAUGUCUUCGGAAGUCUUGAUAGGGAUGAAGAGGAAGUACGUGAAGUAGCAGGGGCAACGGCGACUCCUGCUGCGCUGUUCCGGAGCAGCGAGGCACAGUCCAUCCGGCAUCACCCAGCAGGGGUGACGAGGGGACAAGAUACUGCAGCCAUAGGAGCUGUGUUGCCCUACGAGCCGCAGUGCUGGUUGGGUCCUUCGACGGUUGCGCUGGUGGAGCGCUCGACCACGCUACGGCGACAGCAACGAUGGACGUGCGAUCGUGACCCGGUGAUCGAGGCUACGGUUGCCGGCGAAGGAGCGGAACUAUUCCACCACGCCUACGCUCGGACAAAGGAGGGCAUGCCUUUGUACGGUCGGCACGGCCACUGGGCACCUUUUGUGGGAGCUGCGUGGUCCAGCGAAGACGCAGACGCGCUGGACUCCUUUGUGCGCGACAGCGGACUGCCUUUUCCGUCCUCCACGACUUCCUCGGUUCGAACGGCGCGCGGGACACGUCCGGCUGGGCCUACCGUUGCCGCCGCCGCUGCUGCUGCUCCCUUCAGCUUUUCUCCCCUGGCUGCGGUUGGUGCUCGCGAGCUGAGAGGUGCGUCAGUGAGACCGCUGUAUGCUACCAGUGCACACGAGGCACAACAUUGGGGGCAGCCACGUGCCGGUGUCCUGCACUGGACACUGGAGGGAGAGGACGAGGACGCAGAGGGAAGCGAGGCAGACCCGUCGGUGCGGUCUCUCUUCGAAGACAAGUCAGGCAGCACCGAAGCGCUGGCAGACUUGCAAGGAGGCUUAGCUGCUGCUGCGGAGAUGAACAGUGAGGGGAAGAAACGGCAUCCAAAAAGUGAACCUUCCACGAUGCCGCUGACCCUGCCGGCGUGCCGCACACCUUUCGUCGCGUGCAACGCGUUGUACGACCCGGCCGUCUACGCACGCGUCUACGUGGCGCUGCACCGCUGCACGGCUGGUCUGGUGGACCCGUACGAGCUGACGUACUGCGACGUGCACAGCGGACCGAACCUUGUGGAGAUUCGUGUGCGCGCUGAGUUGUAUGCGCCGUCGCCGGCGUGUACGCGAUCGAUCGUGGCGCACAGCGGACUCACCUCCAUGCUAGAGUGGGGGUGCCGGUGCGGGACGUUACUGCUGCGACUGCGCCGCCUCUGCGCCGUCGCGGACGACGCUACAAUGCGCGCCAGUCUCGGCAGCUACGGCCGCAGUGCGAUGGACACGCUGCGGAUUUACCUCUGCUUUCUCCAGCGACAAGUGUGGGAGUUGGGGGACCGUGUUGGCGGGGCACAUCGGUUGAGCUUCACCGAGCUGCUCACGGCGCAGCAGCGUUUGCAGAAGGCGAUGGAGCAGGUGGAGGUCCUCGCAGCGUUCUUUGAGGUCCCCUCCUCUUCUGCUGCCGCUGCUACGGCAGUGACGUCGACGGUGAACGUGGUCACAGGCGACUCUGCUCGUGCGAAGGCGAAAGCGAAGUCUCCCGUCGCGUGGGACCCCGUUGACGUCUUGCAGCAGAGCUGCUGCUCCGCCCUUUUGAUGUCGCGGUUGCAUGAACUCUUCACGACGCGUCACGCCAACGCACUCGGCCAGCACAGCAACGUGAUCACCUCCUACAGCGAGUUGCAGCAAGAGAACUUGGAGGAGUGGAUGAACUCCCUCCGCGAUGGUGAUACGAGUGGCGGUACGUCGAAUUCGGUACCAAAUGAAAAGGCUGCGUCGUUGGUCGACUUCACAGCUGAUCGGCAGCGUCAGCGGAAAGACUUGCUGAGUUACCCCAUCGACGCCAUUGGUCUUCUCCUGCGGGCCACGCUGCGGCCCUUUCACGCGAUGCUGCAUCGCUGGCUCACGGCAGGCGAACUCGCGGACCCCUACGACGAGUUCUUCGUCGUGCCCUCGCAUGGCCAGACACACAGCGGGUUCACGCUGGACCUCGCACCGCAACGGUUGCCCGUCUUCGUUUCCGCCGCGGCCGCAAACGACCUCCUCCACGCAGGAGUGAGCCUGCGGGUGCUGCGCGCCGCCGCCACGCACGUCGUGCUCAGUGCCCAGAAGGAUGCGCGUCGCCUGCAGGGCUUGGCAGAGGCCACGGAGGCGGCGGCGGAGGACUACGCGGAGGAGCUGCUGGACACGCAGACGCUGCAGGGCGCGAUACAGAAGUUCGUGGAGCGGCUGGUGCGUGGUGCGCCGACGGAGAAGGGCGUCAACGCGAUGGGGCGAUUUAGCCGUGGCGCAGCGGCGAGCGCAGACGACCACAACGGCGGUGCGUUGGAGCAGGCCCUCCCUCUACCGCCCCGGGUGGACGUGCUGUCGGCAUACGGUGCGAUUAACUGGUGGCGGCAGCAUUACCAGGCCUGCACGCAGGUGCUGCUGGAGGCGGUGGAGGACGCAGCGGGGGCGGAGACACCUCCGGCUGACAACAUAGAAGCAAAGACGAAAGAAGAGGCGGCGGAAGGAACGGCUAACGCGGACACCGAUGCAAGCUCGGCCUCUCGUGUAGACAGUCGCAGUGAAGGCCAGCCACCAUCGCCGCGACGCGAGGAUGCCGCAGCUCUCUCCGCAGCCCCAUCGCCAUCAUCUGAUCCAUCACAUGCAAAUAAGGCAACUCUAAACGAGUCGUUGCACAACGAAGAAGGUCCAGGAAACCGCAUCGUUCCGCCUGUGCUGGCACCCGCCGGCGAGGGAGAAGAUCAGUCCUACAUCACUGUGUUCAUGAACUCUGACAACGACGAGGACGACAACAGCAAAAGCGGCGAGGAUGUAGGAACGAGGCAACAAGCAGCGGGGCAGAGAGGUGCCCCUGCGAAGGCAUCGCCUUCUCGUUCCCUUUCCUCUGCGUCCUCGUCUGCUGCCUCGACGAGUGUGCUUGGGCUGCGGCACAUCGCGGGGUCGAGACUCUCCAUCGGUACCGCCAUCUCCUCCACGGCCUCGUCGCGGGGCACCAUCGCCCUCUAUGGCGCUAUCACCGAGGAGCUGCGGCAGGUGUCGCUGCUGGAGCAGCAAACGGAAGCGCGAGUCGGUCAGUCCCGCCACGCCCUCCGUGCGGAAUUUGCUGCGCAGAUGUGGCGGCGCAAGCGGGAGAUGCGGCUGAGUGACUGGAAGGCGCAGCGACUGUCCCUGCGACUGCGUCGUGUGCGUGCCAUGGAUAGCCUUGUCGAAGAGCUGCGAGAGGUCUACGGCAUUCGAGGGGCAGGGUUUGCCGACGAAGCACCGGUCAGUGUCUCGCAACACCACGACAACGACGAAGAAGAGCAACGACCGCACUCACCGCCUGAUGCAGCCCUUUCGUCACCACCGCCCCCUCCUCGCGUUGUGGUGCCGCUGAGACGUGUGCCGCCGUCCUCCGCGCCCCCGCCCGUUCUCCUCUAUGCGGAGAAUGGGUUGGACGAAGGGGAACGAGACGGACGCAGUCGCCGUCCUUCACAAGGGCAGGGACUGGAGCGGCAGCGGCGGACCAGCUUCGCGGCGACUACCACCGUCAUUCCGCCGCUGAGCGAAGCUGUGUCGCGGCCGAUUCCGUCGCACCCCCGCCGGCGAUCUUCUUCGUACGCCGCGGCAUCCCCUCACCCGCCCCGGGGCAUUUUGCUGCCGCCUCGGCCGGCCCGCACGCGCUCCGCCAGCGGCCCUGUGUUUGUGAUGGCGACGCUGCCGCCUCCGUCGUCUUCCUCGCCCGCACAAGAGGCGCCGAAUCCAGCCGAGAGCGAAGAAGCAGAAGCGCAAAAUCAGCUGCCCAUUGACGUUUGUGCGCCGCCGCCACGUGAGCGAUGGAGGGGCCAGCAGCGCAGUCUCUCAACCCCCGUAGCAAAGACGCGCUCGUUUGUGGACCGACUGCCUUCAAACGCAGCCCGGCGACGCAGCGCAGAGGAGGUGGAGGGGGCAGCUGCGACGCUCGCCUCUCAUCCUGUGUCCCUCGGUGACCCAACGGUAGUGCAUCAACUACGCGAUGUGGACUCAAAUGGGUCCAAAACAGUCGACCCUCACAAGGAGCAGGAAGUGCGCAGUGGCAGCAGCGACGGCUCGCACGCGCGUGCGUUGCGGCUUACCGUGGACGUGCUUUCACUCUACCGAAACGAGGAGUCCAUGGGCAAGGAGACACUGCAGGAGCAGUGGCACCGCACCGCGACGCUGUCAUCCUUGGCCGCCGUAGCAGGUGAUGAGCAGCAGCAGCAGCGGAUGCGCACGGACAUGCGGGUGCGUCGCGACGAGCUCGGCUACGCCCACCCCGACGCGAACUACGUGGUGGCCGACAUCAACGAUGACGAGUUUUUUGGCUUGCGCACCGGCCCCAAAAGCGGCGCCAAGUGGGAGGCGGAGAGUGCCGCGUUGGCGCGCUUGGCUGCUGGGCGGGCCGCGCUCGACCGCUGCACCGUUGAUGAGCCGCACUUCCUGCGACAACUUCAGCGUGCCGCGCACGCGGAUGUGGAUUUGGAAGAGGAUGCGAUACCUAGAAGUGAGACAGUCGUCGGAGAGGACGCCUUUCAUGGGAAACAGAGCUCACGCACCUCAAUGGCAGCAUACCUCAAGAAAGACGAAAGCUCAGCAACACAUUCUCAUGUUCGCGACGAGCAUUACGCAGAGGAGGACGUCAAGGCCGCACAAAACUCUGUAGGACCUUUGCAAACGAACAUGCUACCCUCUGAACUUUCGGAGUUGUGGCGCGACGAUGACCCGCUUGAACGCCUACGGCAACGAGUGGCGGGUGAUAAUGGCGACGACGAAGGCGAUUACACCGAUCGCCUCUGGUCGUGGACACCGGCGGAGGCACAUCGCUGGUACCUCGAUCACCGGGUGUCUCUCCUUCACGUCUUGACCGGCAGCGGAGUCGAUCGCGCUCUUCUCGUGGAUCUGCCACUGCUCUCCGACGAGGCGGAGGCGCUGCAGUGCUGCGGUGGUUACUACCGCGCACUCGGUCAGUAUACCGCGAGCUUCCUCACCCACAAGGCGCUGCAGCUGACGCUUCUCCCCCCUUACGGCUCCCUCUAUCGACUCACCACCCAAUUCCUCGAUGUCUGCCUGAUGCAACAGUCAGCCGUCGCGGUGCGCAUUGUGGACGUGUGGAGCGCCGCCGUCGACGCGGCGCUUGAGAUGAUGGCGGAGGGAGAAGAGGCCGCCAUGGUGCAGGCGGUGAUCGCCGGGGCCACCACCACGCCUGCCCCGCUGGCGAACCUGACCGACCAGCAGCAAGGUUUAAAUCUGAAGGGUGCGCUGGCCUCGCUGAACGACGUUUUUCAGCAGGAGUGGGCCGCCUGCGUACCAUACGGGGAGUCGACGGUGCGGUUGGAAUGGAAAUUGUCGAGGGAGACGGAGGAGACGGGUCGCGGGGGGAAAAGGAAUAGGAGCGCGCCGGCCUCGCAACGUCUGGGGUCGACCCAGCGCUACGUAGGGGAAGAAGAAGAAGGGGCGACGGAGGAGGCGGCAAACGCCGAUCUCGUCUCUAGUGACGUCGACAACGACGAUGUCCUGGACGGAGCCGCCCCGUCGCGUGGGUGGCACCACCGGGAUGAUUACGUGGACUCAGCACAGGAAGGAGAUGCAGAGGAAGAUGUCACCCACCAGCAGUCAAGAAGAGCAGCGAACACCGCAACGCAGGUUGCCGCAUAUCGUACCGAUGGUGGCAGCGGCAGACGCUCCUCUCAGAGAUCGCGUGCCUCUCCAAUUCAGUCCUUUCUGGCCGCGCUGCGGCUCACCGCCGUGUCACCGUGGUGCAGCGGGGCGUGGUUGCUGCCCGAGCGCACGACGCCCUGCCUCGGUGGCAUCUGCCGCACGCUUCUCUUCUGGAAGAGUGUGGAGCGGGUGGUGCUGCAUACCUGGCGGGCAGGCGUGAACAGCGGGCUGUCUUCGGUUUUCUUCUUCUGCACCACGGUGCGGCAGGUGCUUCUGUCUACCCUGCAGGAGUCCCUGUGGGGUCAGCUGACGGAACGCACGGCGACGUAUCGGGAAAGCCUGCGGUUUGAGGCAGGCGUUCUGUACACCUACCGUGCCUUGGAGAACUUCACCGCUGACCACGAAAUGUUUUUGCAGGACUGCGAGUUUUACACGCUCUGCGGCCCACCCUUUCAAUCCCGCGUGCAACCGCUGUUGCGUGCGAUGAUGCACGAGGUCGAACUGGCGGAGCGGUCCCUGCGCUUCGCUAAUGUGUCUAUUCGCGUAGCGCGGCGGCAGUACAUGGCGACCUUCCACUCCAUGGUUAGUAGCAGCAGCAACAGCAGCGACGACGAAGAUGGCAACGGCAGCGCUGAUGCGUCGUCGUCCGCCUCGAAGGGGCAGCGGCAAUCCGCGGCGGAAAAAGGAGACGCAAGACUUCACCCACACCACCACGUCUUCGCUCUGACGCGUUGGUGCCGCCGAGGUAGGGCCUCUGCACCAGGGCAAGAAAUGGCAGCAUCCUCGCAGAAGACCUCGUUGCACCUGCGGCAAAUUCAAGAUGCUGUGGCGCACCACCAGCAGCAAGAAGAGAGCGUUGGCGAGGUGCAGAGAGCGCCGCACCUUGAAGAAGACAAAAAAGGCAGCGGCAACACUCAGAGUAAAAGUGCAAAAGACGCGGCAAGAGACACCUCCAUCACACACACGCGUGAGACGAAGCGGAGGAUCAAUAAACCUUCCAACGCGUCCACCACAACGACGUCCACCGACAGAGGUGGUAAGGUGGCGCGCGUCACACCGCUGGAUGAGCGCUCCGACUCUGCGUUCAGCAGCACUACCACCACAAACACAAACACAGCGUUCUCUGCGACAGCGCCACGCACCCUUGAUGAGGGAAACGGCAACGUGGACGAUGCCGAUGACAAGCAGCACUGUGAAAGCAGCAGAGAAGACGAGGAGGAGGAAGCAGGAGAGCCGAAUGCGAGUGAGGGCGGAUCGUCCAUGCAAACCACGACAACGGUGAACACGACGGGUGAAAAGAAGCGCAGACGUCGUCCCGCGCAGGCGGCUGCGAAAACGGCCCCUCGCCGCAGCAUCAUCGAGUCGGCCACCAUGAACACAACGCCGAUCUACGCUGCCGUCCUCGCCGCUCAACCGCAACGGCAUGCGCAAGGAACUGCACCCGUCACGGGUUCUCAGAAACGCAGUCGAAGUGCAGGUACGAGUCUUCGUCAAGCACCCUCCGUCACAGCAGCAGUCUCGCCAAGCAAAAAACGUCACCGAGAACAGCAGCAACAAGGUCAAGGCCACGGUCGUCGCCGCGGUAAACGUCCAUCAAAGCCACGGCUGACGCCUGCGGAACGCCAGGAGCGACGCGACAAGCUGCGCGUGAUCGCAGAGCGUAAAAUCAAAGAAGAAACCGAACACCAACGACGACGCAUGCGGGAUGUCGUCGCACGCCGUCUCCGUCGUUUUGCGUCGCUCACAAUGUCGUUGCGCGAUGCCCUGAGUGACAUCAUCGCCGAGGAAGAUUUGGCUGCGCAGGAGAUGUUGACGACAACAGACAGCAACAAUAAUAGCGCAACCACGGUAGCCGCAGAGUCGGCAGCGGCGGCGAAGGAGCUGCAAAGCGCGCAACGUCAGCGCAUGAGCCGUUUUACCUAUCUGUCCGCCAUGGUUCGUCGGCUUGACUCUUUGGGUGAGGUAAUGGCGAGUCAGACGUGA